UAGUUCAAUUCAUUUUCAUUUUCGUCACGUUGGCAAUGCUAUCUUAUUACGUCCUUCAAAAGCAGUCGGCCUUUGUCGUCUGCUCCACCCUAUUUCGUCGUCUGCUACUUUCAGUUUAUGUUAGGUUUUCCGACUGAGCAGUAGACUAGCAAGAGAAUGGCGUCGAGGUUGAAGCGGUUGGCAGUCGUGUCAUCCUCUGUAGGAGCAGGCGCACUCCUCACCACAUGGCUCCUCACAGGAGAAAAUCCUUUUGGCAGCCAGCCUGUACAUGCAGCCACACCGAUGAAGAAAUUGAGAGCCAAGAGGCCUCUGCCACCCAGAGAUGAGCAGAUCAAGUCGCUCCAGUCAGGGCAAGAGUUUGAUGUCCUGAUCAUCGGAGGUGGAGCAACUGGCGCAGGAUGUGCCCUGGACUGCAUCACCAGAGGUCUGAAGACCGCAUUGGUGGAGCUGGACGACUUUGCAUCUGGCACAAGUAGCCGCAGCACCAAGCUGAUCCACGGAGGAGUGAGAUAUCUGCAGAAGGCCAUCUUGAACCUGGACAUAGAACAGUACCGGAUGGUCAAGGAGGCGCUGCAUGAACGGACGAAUAUGCUGCUGUCAGCCCCUCACCUCACACAUCCCCUGCCAAUCAUGCUGCCGGUGUACAAGUGGUGGCAAGUCCCUUACUAUUGGGUAGGCAUCAAGGCCUACGAUCUGGUGGCCGGGUCCAAAACGGUCAAGAGCUCGUACUACGUCAACAAGGAGAACACUUUAGAGUUGUUUCCGAUGUUGCGAGGCGAUAAGCUUUGUGGCGCCAUUGUCUACUAUGACGGCCAGCAAGACGACGCUCGGAUGUGUCUGGCGAUUGCGCUGACAGCUACACGACACGGUGCAACGGUCGCCAACCACGUGCGAGUGUGCGAACUGCACAAGGACGCAUCGGGGAAACUGAAUGGUGCACAUCUACGUGACGAGAUAACUGGCAAGGAGUGGGAUGUCAAGGCCAAAAGUAUCAUCAACGCAACCGGACCCUUCACCGACUCCAUCCGUAAGAUGGACAACCCUAAGAUAAAAGAGAUCUGCUGCCCAAGCUCUGGUGUACACAUCGUGCUCCCUGGAUAUUACAGCCCAGCUGAGAUGGGACUCUUAGACCCUGCUACGUCAGACGGCCGAGUCAUCUUCUUCCUGCCAUGGCAGCGGAACACCAUUGCCGGAACCACUGAUCUACCCUGCGACAUCACACAUCACCCCAAGCCCACUGAGGAUGAGAUUCAGUUCAUUCUCACUGAGGUCAAGAACUACCUCAAUCCGGAUGUUGAGGUGAGACGAGGAGACGUGUUGUCGGCAUGGAGCGGUAUCCGACCACUGGUCUCUGACCCUAACAAGGAGGACACGCAGUCACUUGCCCGUAACCACAUCGUGCACGUGUCUGACUCCAAUCUCGUCACGAUAGCCGGUGGCAAGUGGACCACCUACCGAGCCAUGGCUGCCGAGGCUGUUGACGCAGCUAUCAAAGCCUGUGACCUGAAGCCGGUGCACAAGGAGUGCCAGACAGACGGACUGCUCAUUGAGGGUGCCCACGGGUGGACUCCCACCAUGUACAUCCGACUGGUGCAGGACUUUGGACUGGAGACGGAAGUGGCCAAACAUCUCUCCAACAGCUACGGUGACCGUGCCUUUGCCGUGGCCAAGUUGGCGGCACUCACCGGCAAGCGGUGGCCUAUCAUCGGCAAGAAAGUCCAUCCGGAGUUCCCCUACAUUGACGCUGAGGUGCGCUAUGGAGUGCGCGAAUACGCAAUGUCAGCUAUCGACAUGAUUGCGAGGCGCCUGAGGCUGUCCUUCCUCAAUGUACAGGCUGCGCAAGAGGCCUUGCCGAUGAUCAUCGACAUCAUGGCUGACGAACUCAAGUGGAGUGAAGACGAGAAAAAGAAACAAUACGACCGAGCGGUGGAGUUCUUGCAGAAUGAGAUGGGACAGAUGGUGAACCGGGCAAGCAGAGACAAGAUCCCCAUCAACCUGACAAAGGAGGAGAUCCAACUGUACAUCAAGCGUUUCAGCAUCAUAGACAAGGAAAACAAGGGUUAUGUUUCCAUCAAUGACAUCAGGCGUGGUCUUAAGCACUUUGGUGAGGCGGACGUUCCCGGCGAAGAGUUGCACGAGAUCCUCAAGGAAAUCGACACAAACAUGAACGGACAAGUCGAGUUGGACGAGUAUUUACAGAUGAUGUCGGCUAUCAAGUCUGGACAUGUGGCGUACUCAAGGUUUGCCAAGAUGGCGGAAAUGGAGCACGAGCAACACGAGAAGGAAGUGCUGAAGAAGAAGAUCUCCGUGGAGAGGAGUGGGGGUGGUUUGUAGAGCGGACAAAAACCCGUUGAUGAUAAUCGCAGGUUGUGGGCAGUAACGCUGCUAGAAAUCCUAUCCAACAUGAACAUUCUGAACAAAUUGAAGCGCUCAAAUGCUGACCACAGUUUUGAGAAAAUUAAAUUUUUUGUAAAUCAAUUAACACAGACAAGUGUUUUGUUUUCAUGUUGAUUUUCAAGCUCGUUGAAUUUAUUGUAUACUGUAAUUUUUGUGUUUAGCUAUUAGAAACAAAUUUCAAAAGACAGUGUACUUUUUUGUUGUUUGUUUUUUUACGUGUUAUACUCGAGGCGUGUUUACAACUCUCAACACGGAGAGUAAAUCGUCCUGUAAUCGACAUCGAUUAAAUGUAGCCUAUGUUGUUAUUGUAUUUAUUAUUUAUUAGUAGUGUUAUUUUAUGGCCUUAUUUUAUGUGAUCAGACAGAUCUAUUAAUGUUAAUGUUUGUAAAAUUUUAUUUAGGACAUUAUUUAAUAACGUUUGAAAUUUUGUGCUUUUACUUAUUUGCCUUACAAGAAGUACAAAUUGUAGAUGAUAGGUAGAGGUGCCAUUGUUAGGUUGUGUUCGAUUCAAUCAAACUUGUGUAUACUUGUAGUUGUGUAAAAAAUGUAUUAUUUAUUUGAAAUUUGUGCAGUCGUAGGAAAUUGUAAAGCAAAGUAAAAGCUACAAAUUAAAAAUGAGGUGGAUAGAAUACAAUUUGUGAUUGGAUAUAUCUGGUUUAUAGUAGCUUUGAUCCUUAGUUAAGUAAUUGUUUGAACCCUUCUUAACCCAGUUCAAAAAGAAAAGAAGUAAAUUAAAUAAUAAACUUGUGCUAUUUAUUGUGGUCAUAUUGAAGUUUCAUUUGGUAACUUUACAAAUCAGUUACUUAUUAAAAGUUAAAUUGGAAACAGAAAAAAAUGUUACACACAUACGACAUGUAAAUAAUUUACUGUAAAAAUUGUUAGUACGCAUACUCUUUAUAAGUGUCCUUGUUAUAAUAUUUUUUUUCAUGUACAAUUUUGAUGUACGUCAUUUUAAAUAAGUUUGAUGUAGCUUUAUUAAAAUACUCUCCAAUGAGUCAUUGUUGAGUGUUAUGUGGUUUUGUAUCUCAAGUCACAUUGUUUAUUUUUUGUGAAUACUUUCUCAUACUUUUUCUGUUGUGAGCUAUUGAGUUUAACCUACAAUUUGACUUUACAUAAAAAAACAUGUAAAAUGAAUAAAAAUUAUCGUAAUUUAGAGUGAAUACAAUUGUUAAGGUGAUGACUGAAAUAGGAGGUAUCUGUCCUGGACACCUCUAUUUUGAAUUUAUUUCACACUAUUUUCUCAUUUAUUUUUUCUGCUAAAUCAUAAAAAAGUAUACAUCUGAAUAGAGCACAGUUCUUCAUGACUAUUUUUACCUAUUCUGGUUUACAAUUAUAAAUUUUUACUAUGUGGGAGCCUUAAUGAUCUCACAUUUAAAUAAUGUAUUUAAAAAUCCAAUCCAAUACUUUUAUAUUUUAUUCAUGACAUGAAUUCUUUUAUUAUUGUAGUUUGUCUAAAAAAACCUGUGUAUAUUUAAUAAUUAACUAUCCUAAAUUACUAUCAUUAAAAUUAUGCGUAGUAGCAUCAUUUUAGUAUAAAAAUACAAUUUGUAGAAUGUACAUAAGCAAUUAUAAAUGUCUAAGAAGCUUUAUGGGAGUGUACAGAUUUUAAAUGGACAUAGAAAUAAAAUUAUGUUUAUUUUAGUUAGUUACAGUAUUAAUGUAGUGAAUUUAUUAUUACUAAACAGUAUUAUGAAAUUCUGUUUUUCUCUUGCCACACCAAAAAAGGAAACGAAGCCAAUUUUUGUUGUAAGUUUUUGUUGUAGUUUGUUUUUAACAAUAAUCGAGUCUUUUAAAAUUAUUUCACCUAGUCUGCUCGCUGAAUGAAAUAUUAAAUGAAUUCACGUUUGUUGUUUUUGUAUAUGCUGUUAUUACAGAGAGUGUUAUGAAUAAAAUAAAUUGAUUUUA